AUGGGGGCUCAAACUCCGGUCACUACCUCGACAUCAACAAAUACACGACCGCACUUGCAAUUGUAUCUUCAUCGCAUAGACAGAUUGCGCGACAGAGAGGAAAACUGGCUGCCAUACGCGCUCCCCAAAGGUCACGCAAGGCCUGGUCGUGGGGAUGAGGACAAGGUCACCUCUGUCCUUCUUAGCAUCAUCUAUCAUCACGCGCCGCUGCCGGCCGUCGUCGCAGCAAGCCCCGCCCCCGACAGAGACGGGGGAGGAAACGCCGCCUCUGACGGACUCGUGCCCGAAACUACCCUACCGGUUCGAAACGGGCUUUGCGCUGUUCGCCAAGAGAACCCCGCGACCAUUCCCGCCUCCGUUCCUGAGUCCCCGAGCGGUUCAUUUAGCGAUCCAUUGAGCACGCAUCAUCAGAGCAGGGACAAGCGCGCUUUCGUCGGAGGCGAGCUCAUCAGGGGCUGGACGAAUGGCGACGAUGCCGUCUAUGCAAGCGAUUACUUUAUUUGUGCGAAUGACGGUGUAGGCGCUUGGUCCAUGAGGCCUCGAGGGCAUGCUGGAUUGUGGUCGCGACUGAUCCUACAUUUUUGGGUUGCUGCAAUGCAGGAAGACAUCACGCAGCCGAGGUCGCCGGGUCAAGAAUACAGGCCGGACCCAGUCAAGUACUUACAGGCCGCAUAUGAACGCACUUUGAAGGCCACCUCUGGGCCGAGUGACUGUCAAGGAACAACCACUGCAGCCGGAGCACAGUUAUUCUACAAGGGGGACGCAUAUGACUCUGAGGCUGCGGUCCCGCUGCUCUACGCAACAAAUCUAGGCGAUGGCCAGGUCAUGGUUGUGCGACCAAGUAUCCAGGAGAUGAUCUACAAAACGACUGAGCAAUGGCACUGGUUUGACUGUCCACGGCAGCUAGGCACAAACAGCCUUGACACACCGAACGACAACGCAGUCGUGGAUUUGAUAGAACUGGAAGAGGGCGACAUAGUACUCGCUAUGUCGGACGGUGUCAUUGACAACCUCUGGGAACAUGAGAUUGUCGAAAACGUUACACGCAGUGUGCGGCGGUGGGAGAAUGGGGAAGGAGGCUCCGCGGAUGGACCUCGUUAUGGUGGAGCGAAUGGUGGCAUGACGUUUGUAGCUGAGGAGCUCAUGACUGCUGCGAAGGUCAUUGCGCAGGAUCCGUUUGCGGAAAGUCCAUUUAUGGAGCAUGCAGUUGAGGAAGGCUUGCCAAUGGAAGGAGGCAAACUUGAUGAUAUCAGUGUUGUUGCAGCUUUAUGCCGACGAAACAUUUAA